AUCUCCUGGGACCAACCUGCAGCAGCUUUGCACAACUGGAUUCGAGGGCAUGAUAAAGUGCCUGGAGCAUGGACAAAAAUAGACGGCCAGGUGGUUACUUUUUACGGGUCAUCAUUACUUGAUGAUUCAGUGCCUGCUGGACAAGAGCUGGCAAUAAAAGGUGCCUCAAGACCUGGACUUAUAACCAAGAAUGGUCUAGUCGUUUUUGGUAGUGAUGGGAAGAUGGUACUGGUGAGGAAUCUGCAAUUUGAGGAUGGAAAAAUGAUCCCUGCAUCUAAAUAUUUCUCUGUUGAUGAAACAACUGCCCUGGAACUUACAGAGGAGGAAAAAAAGAUGGCAGAAGAAAUUAGGGCUAUUUGGAAAGGAAUUCUGAGCAAUAUUGCUGUAAUUGAGGAUUCCACAGACUUCUUCAAAUCUGGAGCAUCCUCUAUGCAUGUUGUCAGAAUGUUAGAAGAGAUCAAACAGAAAUAUAGUGAACUUCAUCUACAGAAUGAAGAUGUAUAUAUGGCUACUAAGUUUGCAGACUUUAUUCAAAUGGCUGUCAGGAAAUUCAGAGGAGAAGACAAAGAAGAAGAGUUAGUCAUUGAUUAUGUUUCAAAAAAUGUGAACAACAUGACUGUUAAUAUGCCAUACCAGUGUUUCAUAAAUGGGCAAUUUGUAAAUGCUGAUGAUGGAAAAACAUAUGACACUAUAAAUCCAGCAGAUGGAUCAGUAAUAGCCAGUGUAUCUUCUGCUUCGUUGGCUGAUGUUGACAAGGCAGUGGCAGCAGCAAAGGAGGCCUUUGAAAAUGGUGAAUGGGGAAGAAUGAAUGCAAGGGAAAUAGGGCUGCUCAUGUACAGACUUGCAGACCUCAUGGAAGAACAUCAAGAAGAGUUAGCAACAAUAGAGUCUCUCGACUCAGGGGCUGUCUACACUUUGGCUUUGAAGACCCAUGUUGGAAUGUCUGUGCAAACAUUCAGAUACUUCGCUGGAUGGUGUGACAAAAUUCAGGGUGCUACAAUUCCAAUUAACCAGGCUCGGCCAAACCAUAAUCUAACAUUCACUAAGAAAGAACCAAUAGGUGUCUGUGCAAUUGUUAUCCCCUGGAAUUACCCACUGAUGAUGCUUGCAUGGAAGAGCGCAGCAUGCUUGGCUGCAGGCAACACACUCGUACUCAAGCCAGCACAGGUCACACCUCUGACUUCCUUGAAGUUUGCAGAACUCUCAGCUAAAGCUGGAUUUCCUAAAGGCGUUAUAAAUAUUCUGCCUGGUUCAGGUGGCUUAGUGGGGCAGCACCUGUCUGAACAUCCAGAUGUUCGCAAAGUUGGAUUCACUGGUUCGACACCAACUGGUAAACAGAUCAUGAAGAGUGCGGCCACUAAUCUGAAGAAAGUUUCUCUUGAACUUGGUGGUAAAUCACCAUUGAUCAUAUUCAGUGACUGUGAACUUGACAAAGCUGUAAAAAUGGGUAUGGGAGCAGUAUACUUCAACAAAGGAGAAAACUGCAUUGCAGCUGGCAGGCUGUUUGUGGAAGAAUCAAUCCACGAUGAAUUUGUUACAAAAGUGGUGGAAGAAAUAAAAAAGAUGAAAAUUGGUGACCCACUUGAUAGAUCUACAGAUCAUGGUCCACAAAAUCACAAGGCACAUUUGGAAAAGCUGCUUCAAUAUUGUGAAACUGGAGUAAAAGAAGGAGCCACUCUAGUGUAUGGAGGCAGACAAGUACGUAGACCAGGUUUCUUCAUGGAACCCACUGUAUUCACAGACGUCGAAGACCAUAUGUAUAUUGCCCAGGAAGAGUCCUUUGGUCCUGUGAUGGUGAUUUCUAAAUUUAAAAAUGGAGAUAUUGAUGGAGUUCUGCGACGGGCAAACAGCACAGAAUAUGGCUUAGCUUCAGGAGUUUUCACAAAAGACAUAAGCAAAGCUCUCUACAUCAGUGAAAAGCUAGAAGCUGGAACAGUUUUUAUUAACACAUAUAACAAAACUGAUGUGGCAGCACCAUUUGGUGGAUUUAAGCAGUCUGGCUUUGGUAAAGACUUAGGUGAAGAAGCUCUUCAUGAAUAUCUCAGAACCAAGGCUAUCACUGUGGAAUACUAAAGUAACAGCUGAACUUGGGAAGUAAAGUUCUGGCAGAGUUUGGAUCUUAAUGACUCCAUGAAGCACUUAAUACCAUGCCCAGGAUAUGCUGUCUGCAGUGACACAA